AUGGUACUUUUACAUGGCUACUCUCUAUAUUUAAGUUUCUCACAAAAUUCUUCAUUAAUUUUAAAUUUUAUUAUAUUUUUUGUAGGUCAUCGCAGUAUGCGCACAGCAACAAAUUAUUUUCUACUAAAUCUGAGUAUCGCCGACUUGCUAAUGUCUUCAUUAAAUUGCAUGUUCAAUUUUAUAUUCAUGCUGAAUUCGGACUGGCCAUUUGGUACGAUUUAUUGUACCAUUAAUAAUUUUAUGGCAAAUGUAACGGUAUCAACAUCCGUUUUCACCUUAGUAGCCAUAUCGUUUGAUAGAUACAUAGCCAUCGUUCAUCCUUUGAAACGUAGAACAUCGAGGAGAAAGGUUCGCAUCAUUUUGGCCUUAAUAUGGUUGUUCAGUUGUAUUUUAUCGGCGCCAUGUCUGCUCUAUUCAAAUACCAUGACAAAAAGAUAUUACAAUGGAAAACAACGUACUGUUUGUUAUAUGCUAUGGCCGGAUGGUCGUUAUCCCACAUCUAUACUAGAUUAUUGCUAUAACAUCAUAAUACUGGUCAUAACAUACGGCAUACCAAUGGUUGUAAUGUUAAUAUGUUAUUCUCUUAUGGGACGUGUAUUAUGGGGUAGUCGUUCGAUUGGUGAAACCACUGAACGGCAAAUGGAAUCGACGAAAUCAAAACGAAAAGUCGUUCGCAUGUUUAUAGCGAUUGUUUCAAUAUUUGCAAUAUGUUGGUUACCCUAUCAUUUGUUCUUUAUCUAUGCAUAUCACAAUAAUCAGGUGACAUCGGCGAAGUACGUGCAACAUAUGUAUUUGGGUUUUUACUGGUUGGCCAUGUCGAAUGCCAUGGUGAAUCCCAUUAUAUAUUAUUGGAUGAACAAGAGAUUUCGUUUGUAUUUUCAAAAAAUCAUAUGUUGUUGUUGGCACAAAUCGUCUAGUAAGUUAAAUUCACCACGCAGCCGUUUGACUUUAAAUAAGAAUUCAUCAAAUAAUUUAACAAGAGUUGAACGCAAACCCUAUUGGAAACGCAGCACGAUCGAAACUCAAAUACAAGUGGCAAACUCUUCAUUGCGUGACCGACAGUCAAAUCAUUUGGGCACCACCUGUAAUCUAAUACGACACGAUAGUGCACCCGAAAAACAUCGAACGGACAGUGAAGGUUCACCCUUAUGCAUAUCCAUACACAAUGGCAUCGAAAGGCAAAAGGUUAAAAUCAAAUAUAUAUCAUGUGAUGAAGACAAUAAUCCCAUAGAAUCAUAAAUAGUUUUUGUUUUUCUUAAUAAAUUUGAUUUUUUUUUUCUUUUCCUCUAAGAAAAGAACCAACUUCCUGUUGUUAUUAAGUAAAAUGUAAAUUAUAUAGUUUAAAUUUUUAAUAACAUUAAAAAAACAGAAAGUGUUGUAAUAAAAUUACAUCGAAAAUACAAUUUUCUACAAAAAAAAAAAACAUAAAACAAAAACUUUACUAUAAAAAAUUUAAGGUUUCUGUAACAUUUUAUUCUACUAUUGUCAACAAAA